GAACAAGACCAGGCUGAGGAUUGUUUGAACUUGACCAUCACGACCCCGAAGGGAACAACACCGGACUCAAACUUGCCGGUUGUGGUGUUCAUUCAUGGCGGUGCAUUCUUCCUGGGCAGUGGACAAAGGAAGUACUACGAUCCUCUUACCUUCUGUACUCAAGCGUCAGAGAUGGGGAAACCAUUGAUCUUUGUGUCCAUCAAUUAUCGACUUGGUGCUCUUGGCUUCUUCCACUCUCCUGCUGCAGAAGGUCUCAUGCCAGCGAACAAUGGCUUGCAUGACCAAAUCAUCGCAUUCAAGUGGCUAUCACGCAACAUCAGUGGCUUUGGAGGCGACAGAGACAACAUUACCGCCAUUGGACAAUCAGCCGGUGGCGAGAGUUUGAGUCUGCACAACAUGAGUGGAAGACAAAACCCACUCUACAAACGCUCCAUCAUGUUUUCCGGCACACCAUUGACCAUGCCCGACAAAACACAUUCAGAACACCAAGACAACUUCCUCGCUCAAGCAAAAAAACUCGACAUCGAUACUGAAAAUCUCAGCAGUAUGCAGAUUGCGGAGCAAAUGAUCAAGUGCGAUGUUUCCAACAUCAGAGACUUGGGGUUUGUUGGUGCUCCUUGUGUUGAUACUGAGAUCAUUCCGCAUAGAGAUCAUGCGAAUCAGCGUGACAUUUCCGCUGGAAAAGUGUCUCAGGUAUCCUGGCUGGAAUCUCAAAUCAUCAGUUCUUGCAGCUACGAUGGCAGUAUCUCGAACAUCAUGAUGCGCGGCGACGAUUCGCGCAAAGAUCAUGCCAAAAGCUUCAUCAAGAUUGCCAAAGAAGUGCUCAAGAACCCUGAGAAACUCUUGCAGAUCUACGACAUCAAAGAGACUACACCAGACGAAGAAGCACUCGAAAAGAUCUGUCAAUUUGAAUCUGACAUUGGCUUUUUCUCUGCUGCAUUGGCUGUGGCUAGAGGUACGGCUGAUAAGACAACGACAUACUUUCAACUCUUCGAUCUUGGAAAUCCUUUCCCUGGUCCGCUUGAGCCGAACAAGUUUGCAUCGCAUACUUGGGAUGUUGUAGCCUUACUUGGUGCAUACGAAGACAGAUUGCCAGAAGACUAUGUCAAGAAGAUCAGGGAGUGGCGGGCGAAAUAUAUUCGCUAUAUCGUCGAUGGCGAAGUUCCUUGGUCGAAGUUUGAGAAGGGAGGGAAAGAAGCUAUGUUUGUGGUGCCUGAUCAUGGUUCAGCUGAGGAAAAAACGCUUGACUCUGUUUUGGAAGGUAGACUUCAGCAGUUGUUGGAUUUGGCAGAAAAAGAAGGAUCUGAUGGAGCCGACACUCUUUGGGAAGGUGUUUGUCGACGAUGGCUGAUGAAGGGAGAGUAA